UCAAUCCAAAGUUUACUGCCUCUAAUAAUAAUAAAAGGCGGGAUGAAGAGGAGGGAAACAAGGUGUUGACCCGCCUCUCUCUUUUUAGUUAUACUUCAGGAUCAUUUUCAGUUUUGUUGUUAGUCUGAAUUUUGCCAUUCAUUGAGACAUUUUAAGUCAAGACCCAAGUCUUUAACUCUAAAACUUAAUUGCAGAAGUUGUGCCUUUUUUCAAAAAAAUUGCUCUUUAAAGCAAAAAAGAUUUCAAAUCGUUUCUUCAAAUUCAAAUCAAAUCAAACUACAACAUUCAAAUUGCAAACAUUUUUGCUACAAUUUGUUUGUGUUUUCAUCAACAAUCAAGGAUUAACAUUAUUUAUCAACAAGUGAGAUCAUUGUUUUUGUAAUGCAACUCAAAGGAUGCCUGUAACUACAUCAUUUCCAGCUUUGAUCAACUCGACAAAAAAACUAACAAUGUCCUCUUCAAAUGAAUGUCCAUUUAAAACACACUUUUCAUCAUCACCAACAACUCCACCAGCAUUGUCAUGGAACUCUUCAGUAUCAUCAUCAUCUUCUUCUUCUUCUUCAUCUUCAUCGCCACCGAUAUUAUUACCAGCUUCAUCAACCUCACCACCAUCAAAUGUUGCCGGUCCCGUACUACCUCAGCCACAAGCAAUACCAAAUUUUUCAUCAAACGUUUCUUCGUUUUUUAUUAAAGACAUUCUCAGUGGAUUUCCACAACCACCUCAUCACCUUUAUCAUCCACACGCUCACCAUCAACUUCACUCUCACAAUUCUCUUAACCAACAUCACUAUCAACUUCAUCAAAGCCAAUCAACCCUGGAAUCUGAUGAGGAAAAUGAAUUUUCAGAUUUAGAUGAAAACGAGCAAAAAUUAGAGAUAAAAGUUCAAAAGAAGCAAAGGAAGGCAAGAACAGCCUUUACAGAUCACCAGCUUCAGACUUUGGAGAAGAGUUUCGAGCGAUCGAAAUAUUUAAGUGUCCAAGAAAGGAUUGAAUUGGCAGUUAAAUUAAAUUUAACUGAUACGCAAGUCAAGACUUGGUACCAAAAUAGAAGGACCAAAUGGAAGAGACAAACGGCCGUUGGUCUAGAGUUGCUAGCCGAGGCUGGAAAUUAUGCUGCCGUUAAGCGAAUGUUUGAAACGAAUCCAAAUUGGAUGAACAUUAUGCCUCAACAAACGAUACCUUUCGAUGUGUUCUAUCGCCAGGCAGCCUACAUGCCUCCAAAUUUUUCACCACAUUUCAACUGAAAGCUUUCAACCAAUUUUUAAUUCACUCUCUUGUGUUUAAUUUUUUAAAUAAAUAGCGAUUGCAGCGUUACCAAUAA